GACUUGGCUCCCCGGUUCGAUUCCCAUCAACAGCUAAUAUUUGUUCUUCCUCCCUCUACGAGAAUGGCUAUGGCGACGAGGGUUCCAGCGCCAUGGAGCUCCAGGUGUGGGAUUUGUGGAAGCGCAACGUCACAAAGGCAGCACAAUCAGCAGCUCGCAUCGGGUAUGUCUCCGUUUGUUGGAAGAUUCGAGCCGCCGCGAUUGCGCCUCGCCGCGAGCUCGUCGAGGUUUCCGGCGAUUGCAAGCGCGUCCAUGGAUCACAUUCCUAAGCGAUUUCACGAAGAUAAUCUUCAAGACGGACUGAUGGAUAAUUUCAAGAACGUUCCUCAAAGUUUAUACGGCCUCACUCCCGCUCAGAUGGAUAUGUUCCUCGUCGACGAUAAUCCUUUCACGAAAAAAUCCAAAGAACUCACAGAGGAAUCAAUAACAUCCAAAGCCCACUAUCGAGAUGGCUCUGGUGUAUGGAGUCCUGCUUCUUUCCAAGGUGGAGCUUCGAGGCUAAGCAUGAGCGUGAACAUGUACCGUGGUGGUGGUGGUGGAGGACUCAUGCGACCAAAAUCUGCGCCGCCUGACUUGCCAUCUCUUCUCCUAGAUGCCCGAAUCGUUUACUUGGGAAUGGCCAUAGUACCAGCUGUGACUGAGCUAAUAGUCGCGGAGAUGCUUUUCCUGGACUUCGAUAAUCCUAGCAAACCGAUCUACUUGUAUAUAAACUGCUCUGGCACGCAGAAUGAGAAGAAGGAAAGCGUUGGUUUCGAAACAGAAGCUUAUGCGAUUGCUGAUACUAUGUCGUACGUGAAGUCCAAAGUUUACACGGUAAACUGUGGAAUGGCAUUCGGUCAAGCAGCGAUGCUUCUCUCAGUGGGUGAAAAAGGCUUCCGUGCAGUACAGCCCAGCUCCUCCACCAAGCUCUACGCUCCCAAAGUUAAUCAAUCGAGCGGGUCGGCCAUAGACAUGUUCAUCAAGGCGAAGGAAUUGGACUCCAACACGAAGUACUACAUUGACUUGUUGGCGAAGGGAACGGGCAAGCCGGAAGAAGAAAUUGCUAAAGAUAUCCAACGUCCCAAGUACUUCAAGGCCAAAGAAGCUGUCGAGUAUGGUCUGGCCGACAAAGUGAUUGAAGAACCGGACGUUCUGAUGGAUGCCAAGAACUACGACGAGCUACUUCUCCAGUCUAAAGCUGCAAAGGCGGGGUUUGGUGGUCGAUCUGGUCCACAGGCAGCUCCAGCUGGGCCUCGCUAAGCAAAAGAGGGUCCUCAACGACACUAUUUUGCAGGUAGCGAGUGUAUUCUUCCGUUCCUUCUUGUUCGUUCUCUUUUACACAACCUCUGCACAUUGGUUUGUAAACUUUCAACAGGAGAGAAUGGGAAUCUAAGAAACUUUCCAAAGUCCGUUUCGCC